GUCGAGAUGUUCCGAAAUAGCGCUCUGGGCCAAUCACAACGCAACACACGUAGCCGGAAGUAUUCCACACAAGAUGGAAGCCAAAAUGCUGAAGUUUGCCGUAUUGUUGAUUGCCUUUGCAAUAUUUAGCAUAAGUUAUGCUGUUCAGAAAAAAAAAGAGGAUCCUCUUGCUGACAAAGUUCAACAAAUGGUUGAGUGGAACAGUAAAAAAUCAGUUAUACGGAUGAAUGGUGACAAAUUUAAACAGUAUGUGAGAGGUGUACCACGUAACUACUCUGUUAUUGUCAUGUUAACGGCUCUUCAACCACAAAGACAGUGUUCUGUAUGCAAACAGGCAAAUGAUGAAUACACAAUCGUGGCAAAUUCUUGGAGGUAUUCCAACCAGUUCUCCAACAAGCUUUUCUUUGCUAUGGUUGACUUUGAUGAGGGAUCAGAUGUAUUCCAGCAGUUGAAGCUUAAUACAGCCCCAGUGUUCAUGCAUUUUCCACCUAAAGGAAAGCCAAAGAAGGCUGAUACUAUGGACAUUCACAGGGUAGGAUUUGCUGCUGAACAGGUUGCCAGAUGGGUCCAGGAGAGAACAGAUAUAUCUAUCCGGAUAUUCCGUCCACCCAACUAUUCUGGUACACUGGCGCUAGCCUUGUUGUUCUCUCUUGUCGGAGGAUUGCUGUAUUUAAAGAGAAAUAACUUGGAAUUUCUGUACAAUAAAACAUUCUGGGGUAUUGCAGCACUGUCUGUUAUAUUUGCAAUGACAUCUGGACAAAUGUGGAAUCAUAUCAGAAGCCCACCAGUGAUGCAUAAAAAUCCAAGCACAGGAGCUAUUCAUUAUAUCCAUGGUUCUAGUCAAGGACAGUUUGUUGCUGAGACCUACAUGGUCAUGUUACUGAAUGCUGCAAUUGUUGGAGGGUUCAUUCUUAUGAGUGAAGCUAACACAUUAAAGGGAGAUCCUGGUAAAAAGAGAGUAUUUGCUCUGGUAGGCCUUGGAUGUGAAACAGUUUUUUUUCAGUUUCCUUCUGCCAAAAUUUAG